AUGAAUGCCUUUCUACAUGCAUCAGUUGCCACAAUUCUCCUGGUCGCUAUUGUAAACGCUGGCGGCAAGGGAGGAGGCCAUGGAGGCUGGGAUGAUUACGGACCGAGAGGAUAUGAUAUGGAUGGAAUAGGCAGUGGAUAUGGUGGAUGGGGAGGCAAUUACGGCGGAAUGGGUAGAUAUGGUGGAUGGGGAGGCAAUUACGGCGGAAUGGGUAGAUAUGGUGGAUGGGGAGGCAAUUACGGCGGAAUGGGUAGAUAUGGUGGAUGGGGAGGCAAUUACGGCGGAAUGGGCAGAUAUGGUGGAUGGGGAGGCAAUUACGGCGGAAUGGGCAGAUAUGGUGGAUACGGCGGCAUGGGCGGUGGAUAUGGUGGAUACGGCGGCAUGGGCGGUGGAUAUGGUGGAUACGGCGGCAUGGGCGGUGGAUAUGGUGGAUACGGCGGCAUGGGAAGCGGAUAUGGUGGAUGGGGAGGCAAUAACGGUGGAAUGGGCGGUAUGUGGAGAGGCAACUUCGGCGGAAUGGGAAGUGGAUGGGGAGGCAAUUACGGUGGAAUGGGCAGAGGAUGGGGAGGCAAUUACGGCGGAAUGGGCGGUAUGUGGAGAGGCAAUUACGGUGGAAUGGGAAGUGGAUGGGGAGGCAAUUACGGAGGAAUGGGCAGUGGAUUCGGUGGCAUCGGCGGAAUUCGUGUGAUAGGAGGUGGAAUGAGAAGCGGAAUAGGAGGAAGCAAAGGAAAAGGUAGUUAUUAA